AUGGGCCCGGGGCCCCCGGCGGCCGGAGCCGGAGCGCCCCCGCGACCGCUGUCCCUGGUCGCGCGGCUGAGCUACGCUGUGGGCCACUUCCUCAAUGACCUGUGCGCGUCCAUGUGGUUCACCUACCUGCUGCUCUACCUGCACUCGGUGCGCGCCUACAGCUCGCGCGGCGCCGGCCUGCUGCUGCUGCUCGGCCAGGUGGCCGACGGGCUGUGCACGCCCCUUGUGGGCUUUGAGGCUGACCGCGCCGCAGGCCGCUGCGCCCGCUUCGGCCCGCGCAAGGCCUGGCACCUGGUCGGCACCAUCUGUGUCCUGCUGUCCUUCCCCUUCAUCUUCAGCCCCUGCCUGGGCUGCGGGGCCGCCACGCCUGAGUGGGCCGCCCUCCUCUACUACGGGCCCUUCAUUGUGAUCUUCCAGUUCGGCUGGGCUGCUACACAAAUCGCCCACCUCAGCCUCAUCCCAGAGCUCGUCACCAACGACCAUGAGAAGGUGGAGCUCACAGCUUUGAGGUACGCCUUCACUGUGGUGGCCAACAUCACCGUCUUUGGAGCUGCCUGGCUUCUGCUACACCUGCAGGGCUCAUCCACUGGCCCCACCAAGGAUGUCAGCGACCACCUGGGGGUCCAGGAUGUGCCAGUGUUCCGGAACCUCUCCCUGCUGGUGGUGGGUGUCGGAGCUGUCUUCUCACUGCUGUUCCACCUGGGCACCAGGGAGGGGCGCCGGCGGCAGGUGGAGGAGCCCGGUGAACACAGCCCCCUGUUGGCUCCCUCUACCGCCCAGCCCUUGCUGCUCUGGAAACACUGGCUUCGGGAGCCGGCCUUUUAUCAGGUUGGCCUGCUGUACAUGAGCACGAGGCUCAUUGUGAACCUGUCCCAGACGUACAUAGCCAUGUACCUCACCUACUCCCUCCACCUGCCCAAGAGGUUCAUCGCCACCAUCCCACUGGUGAUGUACCUUAGCGGUUUCUGCUCCUCCUUCCUCAUGAAGCCAGUGAACAAGUGCAUCGGGAGGAAUAUGACCUACUUCGUGGGCCUCCUGGUGAUCCUGGCCUUUGCAGCCUGGGUGGCGCUGGCAGAGGAGCUGGGCGUGGCUGUGUAUGUGGCGGCUGUGUUGCUGGGCAUGGGCUGUGCCACCAUCCUGGUCACCUCGUUGGCCAUGACAGCUGACCUCAUUGGCCCUCACACGCACAGUGGAGCGUUCGUGUACGGCGCCAUGAGCUUCUCGGACAAGGUGGCCAAUGGGCUGGCAGUUAUGGCCAUCCAGAGCCUGCACCCCUGCUCCUUGGAGCUCUGCUGCAAAGCCUGUGUGGCUUUCUACCACUGGGUGAUGGUGGUCGUCACAGGCGGCGUGGGCGUGGCCGCCACCCUGGCUCUGUGCAGUCUCCUGGUCUGGCCCAUCCACCUUCGGAGAUGGGACCCUGGAGCCUAGCCCUGACCCCACCCCGUGGUCCCUUGCCCUUUGUAAAUUAACCUCGACUGUGAACAUCUGAUGCCCAGAGGUCUGGAGCAGCGCCUCCACUCCCUCCCCUGCCUUGUCCUGUCUCUGCCUGGCUGUGGGUGGAGGUCAGAAUGGGUGAGGUCCCAGCAGCUUAUUCUUGCUGGGGUAAGGGGAGGACACGGAACUGGCGGGAUCCUUAUGGUUUGGUGUACUCCAGUGUCAACUCUAACCCACCCCCCACCGUCUGGAUGAUGGGGGUGUUAUGUGUUAUGUGGGGCUGGAUAUGAGGGUCCUAGGCCCAGGGGCUGCAUGGAGCCCGGCCCUGGCUAGCCAAGGGUUUCCCGGGUGCCACCAGGCCCUGGAGGACAGAGCUGUCGCUAAGCCUGCCAGGAGCUCCAACCUCGGGGUUGGGGGGCCGGGCCCAAACCCUGGCCGUGGAGGCGACGAGGCUCAGCGUGCCUGGCUGGGGUCCCCAAGUGCAAUCCCCUGCGCCCAGGCCACUGCUGACCAUGAAUAAAGAGUUGCCUGGGGCCAGGACUGUGCCUUGGCGGUUUGCCUGGGGCCCGGGGCAGGGCCGGAGUGGGUGUCUGUCGGCCUCUGCCUCGAGCUUGGUCACCAGGGUCUCCCUUUAUCUGACUGCCCCCAGGCCUCGGCCCCAGAGGUGAACGGAC